GUUGCUAGCGGUCGAGUUUAUAUGUUUGACCUUGUCAAGGUGACCGAUAUCGCGGUAAAAUUAUUCAGUCAGGUUUUGGCAGCUAUACAAGUCUGUUUUGUAGGCUGAAGCAAAAUCAUAAAAAUGAGCGUGCAAACAGAUUCAGACAAGCGUAAGCAAAUAUCUGUUAGAGGUAUUGUUGGUGUAGAAAACGUAGCAGAGGUGAAAAAGGCAUUUAACCGGCAUGUCCAUUAUACAUUAGUAAAGGACCGAAAUGUUGCGACCCCCAGAGACUACUACUUUGCCCUGGCGCAUACUGUUCGGGAUCAUCUCGUAUCCCGUUGGAUUCGAACACAACAGUAUUAUUAUGAAAAGGACCCCAAGCGUGUAUACUAUCUCUCCUUGGAGUACUAUAUGGGAAGAUCCCUUCAGAAUACUAUGAUCAACCUCGGUAUCCAAGGAACUGUUGAUGAAGCACUUUAUCAACUAGGACUCGACAUUGAAGAACUUGAGGAAUUAGAGGAAGAUGCUGGUCUCGGCAACGGCGGUCUUGGUAGACUCGCUGCGUGUUUCCUCGAUUCUAUGGCAACCCUUGGACUCGCGGCUUAUGGCUACGGUAUCAGGUAUGAAUAUGGUAUCUUCGCGCAGAAGAUUGAGAAUGGCGAACAACAGGAGGAGCCGGAUGACUGGCUAAGAUACGGCAACCCGUGGGAGAAAGCACGUCCCGAAUUCAUGUUGCCCGUAAACUUCUACGGUCGUGUUGUAGAUACGCCGCAGGGGAAAAAAUGGAUCGACACUCAGAUAGUCUUCGCCAUGCCUUAUGACAAUCCAAUCCCGGGCUACAAUAACAACGUCGUUAAUACGCUACGUCUGUGGUCCGCUAAAAGCCCCAUCGAUUUCAACCUACGCUUCUUCAAUUCCGGAGAUUAUAUUCAAGCUGUCCUUGAUCGUAAUGUUGCGGAAAAUAUAUCAAGAGUUCUCUACCCUAACGAUAACUUCUUUGAGGGUAAGGAACUGAGACUUCGUCAGGAAUAUUUCAUGUGCGCCGCCACACUGCAAGAUAUUCUUAGACGAUACAAAUCAUCUAAAUUUGGCAGCCGUGAAGCAGUUAGAACUACUUUCGAUAGUCUUCCAGAUAAAGUAGCCAUACAACUGAACGACACUCACCCAGCUCUCGCUAUCCCGGAACUCUUGCGAAUUCUGAUCGAUAUCGAAAAAUUACCAUACGAGGAGGCUUGGAAACUAGUCGUUAAGUGCUGUGCUUACACUAAUCAUACCGUCCUACCCGAAGCUUUAGAGAGGUGGCCCUGCACUAUGUUAGAAAAUGUUCUGCCGAGACACAUGGAAUUGAUCUACCACAUCAAUUUCCUUCACCUCCAGGAGGUUCAAAAGCGUUGGCCUGGUGAUAUGGACCGCUUACGUCGCAUGUCUCUUAUUGAGGAAGAAGGAGAAAAACGAGUUAACAUGGCAAACCUCUGCGUGGUCGGCUCCCACGCCGUCAAUGGUGUAGCGGCCAUUCACUCUGAAAUUCUCAAAGCGACUAUAUUCCAUGAUUUCUUUGAAAUGUGGCCAGAGAAGUUCCAAAACAAAACCAACGGUAUUACACCCCGUCGUUGGCUACUGUUAUGUAACCCAGGUCUCUCUGACAUCAUUUGUGAGAAAAUUGGCGAGGACUGGACCGUCCACUUAGAUAAGCUGCAAGAUUUGAAACGCUGGGCAAAAGACCCAGCUUUCCAGCGAGCCGUUAUGAAAGUAAAGCAGGAGAAUAAGCUGAAGCUCGCAUCUCUUAUUGAAAGAGACACCGGAGUCAAGAUAAAUCCGGCGUCGAUGUUCGACGUGCAAGUGAAACGUAUUCACGAGUACAAGCGCCAGCUUCUGAACAUUCUGCAUGUGAUCGUUCUCUAUAACCGAAUCAAGCGAGACCCGUCUGCUCCCAUCACACCAAGAACUGUUAUGAUUGGUGGAAAGGCUGCCCCGGGUUACUACAUCGCUAAGCAAAUAAUUGCCCUGGCAUGCGCUGUUGGCAACACGGUCAACAACGAUCCCGACGUUGGUGACAAAUUGAAGCUCAUAUUUUUGGAAAACUACCGCGUGACAUUGGCAGAGCGCAUCAUGCCGGCUGCCGAUCUCAGCGAACAGAUCUCGACGGCGGGGACCGAAGCCUCUGGAACUGGAAACAUGAAGUUCAUGCUCAACGGAGCGCUAACCAUCGGCACCAUGGAUGGCGCCAAUGUGGAGAUGGCGGAAGAAGCCGGCGAGCACAACCUCUUUAUCUUCGGUAUGCGGGUCGACGACGUGGAAGCCCUGCAGAAACGCGGCUAUAACGCGUACGAGUACUACGAGCGCAACCCGGAGCUGCGGCAGUGCGUGGAGCAGAUCCGCAGCGGGUUCUUCUCCCCGGGCGACCCGGGCCGGUUCUCCAGCGUGGCCGACGUGCUGCUGCACCACGACCGCUUCCUGCAUCUCGCGGACUUCGACGCCUACAUCGAGGCGCAGGACAAAGUCUCGCGAGUCUACCAGAACCCAUCCAAAUGGGCGGAGAUGGUGAUCGAGAACAUUGCGUCGUCUGGCAAGUUCUCGUCCGACCGCACCAUCGCGGAGUACGCGCGCGAGAUCUGGGGCGUCGAGCCCACCUGGGAGAAGCUGCCCGCGCCCGGCGACGUCUAGGUCGCCCAGGUCGCCCAGGUCGCCCAGGCCGCCCAGCUCGGCGAGCUACACCGAAGUUUAAACAUUUAUCUCUUACAAUAGAAAUGGGUAUGAUGCUUGGGAUUAUAACACAUUUUGGUAUGUUAGUAGUUUAAAAAAUAUUACACUAAAACGAUAAUUUUUAUACAAAGAAUAAAUGAGGCAGCAACAUUAUAGUAAAAAAAAUGCAAUAGAUAAAUCUUGUCAGCUGUAUAACCAGAUUUGUUACAAAUCUUAUUGAUAACUAUAUAUGUUGACUGCAUAUUAUGUCAAAGAUAUAACUUUAAGCGAAAAUCAUAUAUAUAUUUAAAGAUUUCUCAUAUAUUGAAACUGUCUUGAACUUUUACAAUCGAAUAAGAAAAAUAGGUACUAAUGUCAAAUUAAUUCGAUACUAGUUUAGUGAUUAUACCUUUUAAUUCAUUAUAAUUAUAUAUAUGCUUUAUUUAAUAUAUUUUAUUAUUUACCCACUAAUCUUUAUUAACCAUGCCAUAGACUUGCCUAAGGUGCUUUUUGAUAAUUACAUAUUACUUGCUUUUCUAACACAAGGAUACAAACAUCAAUGAUAUUAUUUUUGGAUCUUUAUACAGGGUUCCAUUUUUAUAAAAACACAUUUAAUUUCAUUAUUUAUUAUUUCUCGCACCUUUCUAAACAUUGUUAGAUCUAUUUAUCUAGUCUAAUCUAAUGUAUGUCUGUACUUUCGUAGACGUUAAUUCUCUAAUUGACGUGUAAUCCUAAUAUAUUAUAUUAAAUAACAUAUACAUUGUUUAAUUAAAUUAUUAAUCAAUUUGGAAGGUUCUUAGCAAAAUUUUAAUGUUUAAAAAGUAAAAGUGUUUUAUGUCGAUGUGUCUGCUUAAUUGGAAGUUAUUAUAAUUAGUGAUAAAUACAAAGAUGUAUUAAUUAGUUAAAUUGUAGAAAACGUGGAAAGAUAUAAAUAUUUCAUAGAGUAUAUUAUAUUACUAGAAACUAAAGCCAUUGGUUUUGAGAUUAAAGUAGAAACAGCUUAAGUCCGUAUAUUGUUCCUAUGUAUUGUUAUUAUUGUUACUAAAGAAAUAUAUAGAUAUAUUUUUACAUAUACGAAUAUAUUUUUGAUGUGUGCCAUAUUAUAUGAUCCCCGUAUAGUCGUUUAUGUGGCGUUAAGUGUAAUGUCUGAAUAUUUUAAAAUGAAUGAAAAACUAUUAUAGUGUUUUAAAAUUUCAGUGAGACCUUGUGUUGUGGUCUGUACAAUCUCUUAACCUUUUAACUACCGACGUACGGUCACCGCGACCGAUUGAUAUUUUCACAGCGUUGUAUAGAAUAAAUCUGUUAUUACAUAUAUGUAUAAUCCUAUUUUUUGGUGAAUUCAUAUAUUAAAUAUAAAAUUAGACUACAUGAGACAUGUUUAAUUCCUAGGUUUUUACUUAAGUUCAUAGUGUGGUCUUACGGACCAAAGGUCGGUAGUAAACUGUAUCUCAAUAAACAAAGAUUUAACGGAUACAUUACAAACCUCAAGAACCGCAUUACGUACAGAUCACAAUACACUAUACAAUUAAAAUAUAUAGAACGCGAUAAUUAUACUUCUCAUUAUAACUUUCACACUCACUGAUGUACUCGUGCAAUAAAUAAUAUUUAUGUGUUUUCUUUUUAUUUACUUUGCAACUUAAAGCCACAUUAACGAAUUUUACAUUAUAUCAGAACCUUUUCGUAUUAAUUUUUCAACACUUAACCCACUGCCGUUAAUGUUGUAUGAUGAAAAUUUAUACGUUUAUUUUAUUCUAUAAUCGAUUUUAUAUAUAAUGUUUUUCCUGUACCGCGUAUUAUAAAAUUUUAUAUCAUAAAAUUUUAAUAAAACUUGAAU